AAUAUACAUUUCUAUUACAAAUUCAUCCAUUAGUUUUUCAAUCAGUCAACCUCAAGCUCAACAAAACUAAUUACAAUAAUCACACUUAUCUAAGAUUUUGACAAAUUCUUUACAACCGAUCUUUCACUUCAUUUCCGCUAUUAAAAUUCCCACGACGUCACAUUAAGAUCAUCGAGACACGGUUUAUCACGUACAGUUAUUCUUUAUUAUACAUUUACAUCACGCCAUUAGUAAACCCGUUUAUUUUCAUUUUUAUUGCAUCUUGAUGCAUCGAGAAAGGGCUGGAAAGCGGACCGUCAUUACAUCGGCUCGUUUAUCACAAAAAUUAUCCCUCUAUCGUUUCCCUCUUGGCAUGUCGUGGUUUCAACCCUUCAUUUUUGUCCAAGCAAGCAUUUUCUGGCUGUGUUUUCAGUGCUUGAAAUUUCGGCAUAUAAAGUCAGCGGUUACCUUGGCCAGCAAUUGGUAGAUGACGAUAAUUGAGCACACAACGCGUAAUUGGAACAGACAAAGCCAUUUCUCGAAACGAACGUAAAAGUGUUUUUGGCAAUUGACAUUCAACGUACGUUCUACACUCUACGGGAAAGUACGUGUCUACGAGCCGCAUACUAAGCGAGAAUUUCACCUUCUAGCGGCGGAAACACGCGUCCACUUUCACGGCCACAUCCGAAACUAAUAUUUCCAGGCAUCAUUUUUAUCGUCAUACGCCACUUUCGGCUGUUUUAUAUUCUAACAACUGUUUGAUUUCUAAUUAAUUAUUAUUUAUAAAUCGCUUUUAUGUAAUAUUGUACGUUAUAACGAUUGUGAUCUGUAAAUAAUUAAUCUGAUCUCUCGAACCAAAAAUUCCAUCAGAAGGUAAAAUGUGUUCUUUUUUUUUUUAACGAGAAUACAAGAACAAAAAGUUAAAAUUUUUUAAAUAUCCAGAAACUUAAAAUAUUUGUUUUGAUAUUUCAAAUGAAAUAUGAAUUGUUGCUGGAUAUAAUGUUCGAGUAACUGACAUACCAUGCGACAUACCAUGUCAAUUAGAGCAAUUAUAAGUUGAUGUAUGUAUUUGUCGUGUAUGUACUAGGAUCGGGAGAACAUGGUAGGUUCACGUGAUUAACUUCAAUGACACUGAAGAUUGCCUUCAGUGGCGCGCAAACUUCCUCUUAUGUAUUGUGAACAAUAAUUAACUAGAUUUUAUCAAGUAGAUAUGAACGUGAAUCCAAAAUUGUUUCCUUUCGCUGAAAACAAUUGCUGCAAUCCUAACAAUUAUUUCUUUGAUAUACGCUACUAAAGUAAUGGAUCUAUUACUAAAAAUUAUUGAAGUAGGAAAGAUAAUUAAGAAAAAAACAAGAUAAAUGGACGACAAAUUAUAAGAUUACACGCAGUCACGAUAAUAGAUAACAUAAAAUAAAAAAUAGGAUUACGCCUAAAUUAGGCUAAACGAUUUUCUAAUCAUUCAUACAAUAAAUAAAUUCAUAAAAAGUUACUUCUUACAAGUAACGAAUUUUAUAAAAAUAUAAUAAAUUCUUCCUAUUGGUUAUAUUUUCGUACAACUAAUUAUAAUUUAACAAUUUUAUAACAACUUCGAUGAAAAUCGAAGAAAGUUCGAAGAACGAUCGCUGAAAGCGCUGUCUGACUCAUCGAUUCACGGUUUCCAUAACAACACUACGUUAUCUACGAAAUCACACGCGAGUGUCAUCAUCGAUUUCCGUCGGCUGCGCUCCGCUUUCGGUCGCGCGCCUGCGCCAGUCAUAUCGACAGACUCGCGAUUUGUUCACGUCGAAUCUUCCGGCGUUGUUUCUACACCGUUACAGAUUCCAGCUCGUAGACAAUAGUCCCAUUGAACACUGGGGCGUCGUUUCCCGUUAUCGUUCUUUCCGCUGAUCAAUUUCGCGAAUCGGCAGUCAGUGACGCUUCCAAAAAGCGCGAACACUAGCGUAGACUAAUAUCGGCAACAGCGUGCUUCAAUUCGUCAUCGGCUCGACCUUUGUCGAGGCAGUCGCGAUCGAGCGGUGGCGGCGCGUCUAUCGAUCGUCACGUGCAUACGUCGUCACAGCCAGGUAAUUAGACGAGUCGGGUCUGGCAUGCCCCUCUUUAAGAAUUCAGAGCUCGUGCGGCCAGUGGUACGUGCUGAUCGAGCGGAAAGUUUCCCUUGCGACUGGCUGACGCACGAACCGCUUACUAGUUUCGUCUCGGCAGUCGAGUGAAACCGGCCCUAACGGCCGUCAGUCUUCAGUCUUGCCGGUGGAGGACCACUGGACCAGUCAACAGACUCAACAUGGAACACCUGACAACGUGGAAAAUGUUUUACGUUUGUGUAUUGGCCAUCUCUCUGAUGGUUCGUCCGUCCACUGGCUCGCAAAUGCAGCCGCUCGUCGUCAGCAACUCGUUGGACGAAGGUGUCGCCAAGGACUACUUUAUAGGACCGUGUCUGGUGAACACGAAUCAAACUUGCCCUGAUAAAGAGGUGACGUUCUUCUUAUACACGCAAAGAAAUCCCGAUGCGGGUCAGCAGAUCAUGGUCGACGAGAAGCGCUCGAAUUUGAAACGAAUCCAUUUCGAACCUUCGAACCCUACCAAGAUCCUGAUACACGGUUACGAUUCUGACAUGGCACUGUCUUACCUAGUGGACGUGCGAAACGAAUAUCUGAAAACCUAUGACUACAAUGUGAUAGCCAUGGAUUGGCAUCGUCUAGCUACGGCACCCUGCUAUCCCAUCGUUGUGCAAAACGUGCCACACGUGGGCGAUUGUUUGGCCCAGCUGGUGCAGAGAUUGAGGGACGUGGGUGCGGACGAUAUCCACGUGAUCGGCUUUAGUCUGGGUGCUCACGUGCCCGCGUUCGCGGCUAGAGCUCUCAGACCGUACAAGAUGUCAAGGAUAACGGGUUUAGAUCCUGCCAUGCCGUUGUUUGUCACCGUGGAGAAUGACUACAAAUUAGACCCGUCGGACGCGGUCUUCGUCGAUGUCUUUCAUACGAACGCGUUCAUUCAGGGCAAGGUGGAGAUGAGCGGGCACAUAGAUUUCUAUAUGAACGGUGGGAUCAACCAGCCAGGUUGUUGGGACAAUUGGAAGCCUUUCGAGUGUGAUCAUCACAGAUCCGUGAUGUAUUUCGCCGAGUCCAUCAAUUCGGAUGUAGGUUUCUGGGGCUGGAAAUGCGGAGGAUUUUCUUUUUAUCUGCUUGGCCUGUGUCCUCCCAGGUACCCGGCCGUUUUGGCUGGCGACAAGGUGGAUAAGAAGAGCAGAGGCUUUCAUCUGGUGAGAACGAACGGGCACAAACCGUACGCCAUGGGAAAUUUCAGCGUGAACCGGUUAGAUAUGUAUACGUAAGGUCGACGAAGUGUCGAGCGUUACUGUCGCGAGAUACAACUCGUACGAUAAAUCGAAGAAUGUACGACGUGAGACUUUCGGAUGCGAUUCUGCUCUCUGAUUGCGGAGCAUAAAGAGGACACGUGCGUGAGACGAAGCGGUUGCUGCUGCAAGCGGGCACCAACGAUGUGUCCCUCCGGCAAAUUGUCACGGUGAGCGUGAGAGUUGACUGAAAAACGUGUUCCGUGUCAAGGUCAGGGUAUCUCGAGCACCUGGUGCUCCGCUAAUCGAUACUGUGUUCGGCGUAGAGAAAGAAAUGGGGCUAACCGGCUAUAAGCCCGUUUAGGAGUUGAUUCGUAUCGAUGACGCGCGCGAAACGGAUGAACAAACUAUCGGCUCGAAAGUUUCGAUAAAACGAAAUCUUCUCUGGGAAGAUUAAACUUGGACAUUUCGAAGCAUUUCUCGGGCAAAUUUUUGUGUGAAAUACAUUAAUAUCAAACAUCUUUUUACUUUCGCCAAAGUGAUUAGGAUCGUGGAUUUGAACUUAUAUAUCGUGGUUAGGGGAUAUCGGUUCGUUGCAUCGGUUUGACGAAUAAAAAUCAGUGGUUUGAUUGGAAUUGUGAACAUCGUUGUAAGCUUUUUACGUAACAAUGUGCAUCGAAUGGAUCUUUACGAGAUAUUAUCCAACUUAUAUCUAAUCUUACGUGUAACACGCGCAUAAGUUACAGCUACAUUAGUGAGAUUUAUCGAAGAAACUUGAUUUCGAAAAUAUAUGCAAAAUAUAUAUUGAAUAUAUGCAAAUAUAAAAGAAUUUAAUUUCAGCGUAACAUA